CAAACACUGUGUUUCUGUUCUCGUGCGGUGCGGUUCUCGUUUUCUCCCCUGACUAUUUUGCGCUAAUUUUUGUCAACAACCCACAUUUUCCGAAUACAGCAAUAAAAAGAAAUAAACGGAGUAUACACACAAGGAGCAUCAAUCAUUCAGCUAAAGCCCAUAUAACCGUUAAACGUUAUCUAAUUUACACAACUAAGUUUUUAAAAAGACUACAAAAAAUCCAGAAACAAAAUGUCUGCAGCCACAGAACAACAGAAUAACGGUGAUGUUGCCGUCGAGAAGGUGGCCGUCAAGGACGAUGUCGCCGCGGUGAAGGACGAUCUCAAAGCCAAGGCAGCCGUUGAGGAUAAGGCAGCAGCCGAUGCCGCUGGCGACGCGGCCGCUGAUAACGGUACGGCAAAGGACGGCGAGGAUGCUGCCGAUGCCGCUGCCGCGCCCGCUAAGGAAUCCGUGAAAGGCACCAAGAGGCCAGCAGAAGCCAAAUCCGCCGAAUCAAAGAAGGCCAAGAAGGCCGCUGACGGUGACUCCGACGAGGAGGAGGCUCUGGAAGAAAUCAUCGAGGGCGACAGUGAAAUUGAGAGCGACGAAUACGACAUACCCUAUGAUGGUGAGGAGGAUGACAUUGAAUGUGAUGAUGAUGAUGAUGAUAAUGACGAUGGUUCCGGCUCGGACGAUCAGGCGUAAUAAUAAUGUAGUCAAAAAUACAACAAAACAAACAAACAAUUUAAAUUAAUAAUAAAUAAAAGUUACAAGCAAAAACAAA